UAUGCGGGUGCUGCUGUCCAAAUUGCCACGGCCAUGGAUAGUGGAUGAGAAAAAGGAUGAUGGUUACACUGCGCUUCACCUGGCCGCCCUCAACAACCACGUGGAGGUGGCAGAGCUUCUAGUCCACCAGGGAAAUGCUAAUUUGGACGUACAGAACGUUAACCAGCAGACGGCAUUGCACCUUGCGGUCGAGCGUCAGCACACCCAGAUAGUGCGACUCUUGGUGCGAGCCGAGGCGAAGUUAGACGUGCAAGACAAGGACGGAGACACGCCGCUGCACGAGGCCCUGCGUCACCACACUCUGUCCCAGCUGCGACAACUUCAGGACAUGCAGGACGUCAGCAAAGUGGAACCCUGGGAGCCUUCCAAAAACACAUUGAUCAUGGGACUGGGCACUCAGGGGGCUGAGAAGAAGAGCGCAGCUUCUAUCGCUUGUUUUUUGGCGGCCAACGGAGCUGACCUCACCAUCCGAAACAAGAAGGGCCAGUCUCCUCUGGACCUGUGCCCUGACCCCAGCCUCUGCAAGGCCCUAGCUAAAUGCCACAAAGAGAAGACCAGUGGGCAGGUUGGUUCCCGCAGCCCGUCUCUAAACAGUAAUAACGAGACUCUCGAGGAAUGCAUGGUGUGCUCGGAUAUGAAAAGGGACACGCUUUUUGGCCCCUGCGGUCAUAUCGCCACAUGCUCUCUCUGCUCGCCUCGUGUCAAGAAGUGUCUUAUUUGCAAAGAACAGGUCCAGUCUAGAACCAAGAUUGAGGAGUGUGUGGUUUGCUCUGAUAAAAAGGCAGCCGUCCUCUUCCAGCCCUGCGGUCACAUGUGCGCUUGUGAGAACUGCGCCAGCCUGAUGAAAAAGUGCGUACAGUGUCGGGCCGUGGUGGAGCGCCGCACUCCCUUCGUUUCGUGCUGUGGAGGGAAAGGUAUGGAGGAUGCCACUGAUGAUGAGGACCUUAGGAGCUCUAACUCAUUGGCAGGGGGGUCGCAGGAUCUUCUCCAGCCCAACAAUCUGGCACUAAGUUGGUCCAGUGGAAAUAUCCCGGCCUUGCAGAGGGACAAAGACAACACUAAUGUCAAUGCAGAUGUACAGAAGUUACAGCAGCAACUGCAGGAUAUCAAAGAGCAGACCAUGUGCCCCGUGUGUCUGGAUCGCCUAAAAAACAUGAUCUUCAUGUGCGGUCACGGCACUUGUCAGCUUUGCGGAGACCGAAUGAGCGAGUGCCCCAUCUGCCGCAAGGCCAUCGAACGCCGCAUCCUGCUUUACUAGAGCGCCGGGCCAGCGCAACCUCCCUGUUUCUCAGCCACAACUCUGUGCUGCUGCUGUCAUAAGCACCUUUCCUGUAUCCGCAAGGCUCUCCGUGUCUCACGCUAAGCUACGAGACAUCAGUGUUACGCCAUCCAUCUUUAUUUGAUCUCUUAGCCUUCAAUAUCUGUCCGGUUUACUUCAGUUUUCUGUUUGCUUGGAUUAUGUUCACCAGGAGGAGAAAGAAACGUGCUUAACUACUCCCAUCUUGCCAUUUUAUUCAUGCAGGUGCCCGCGUUUUUCUGCCGCGAGUGGCUCAGCUCCACCUACAAGACAUGAACUGACACUGUCAGGGUCUGCUAAUGUUUCAUGUUUUUUAUUAUGUCAGUGUAUUAUGCUUCUAUAUCCUGAUGCAAACAGUUGAAUCUACAGUAUCUGCGCCGGUCAUGAAUUUAGGACACAAACUCACAUGAACUCUCAAGAGUCCCACUGAAGCUUUGGAAAUCUCAUUUUUGUGUGACGUAGCGUUCAGUUCCAAAUAACGUGUAAAAGCAUCUGCGUUUACUUGUCCUGUCCGAACAGUGGAAUUCACCUUUUUAGCAGUACUGUUAGUAUAACAUUGCAUGUUCCUCUCUUGAAUCGCUGCUGCACUUCAGUAUAUACACAGAGUAUUAUUGUCAAACCCAUGGUGGUGAUUGGCUCGUCAUCCGAUCAAUACGAGAGAGUGCAUGCUUUCCAUGCAACUGAUCCCUGUUGUCUUUAAAAGGACGUUCAUUUACUUAACAAGCAUUAUUAUUGGAUUGUUCUCCAGCAGUCUUGCUUUAUGCACCAUAUUGAACAGACAACAGAAACCGCCGGUCUCGUGCCAUCGUUCCAAAAACAUGAAGACGUUUCAUUACCUUUUGGGAAUAAGACGCUGUUUAACGAUAUACCUAGUUAAUUUAUGUAUUUUUACCUUUUUCCACUGAAUCUUGACGACUUGGAGUAUACUAUAGAAUAUCCACGCAAGCUAUACAUGUUAAAUGGGGCCUUACUUUAAUUAGGCCACGAGAAAGCCUGAUCAAAAAGGAUUUGUAGCGGAGGACUGUCCAUCAAUAUAGUCUUUCAUUGACAAUUUUGGUCGUCUUUCUGUGCUUGUCAAAAUAUAUUUUGAAGACCUGUAUUCUCCCCGUUUCCUGUUCCCAUCACGGACUUCUACUGUUAUUUGAUGUGGCAUGUUUCAUUACAGUGUGACUCAACACAGUUUUCCUGGAAGCAAAAGUAGUUUCAUACUUUACCUUUUAAAGAGUUGUAUCAUUUUUUCACAUAUUUUGUGAUCUUUUUUUUCAGUAUCAGUCUCUUUGUGUCAUUUUAACACUAAAAAGUAGAUGCACUAAUAUACCUUAAUGGUAGAAUGGAUUCGUCAUGGUAUUUUGUACCUUGUUUUCAGUACAUUCAAAAACUGCCCUGGUUUAAACAAAACUUUUUUUUUUUUUUUUUAAUGAACGAAUGAAUGUUUAAUGUAUGAUGUACAACAUUUAUCAUAGGAGAAAUUCCUUUUGCCCUGUAUUGAAAUUUGCUUUGAAAAUGCAUUGCCGAAUAAAGAUCUAACAAAAUGGAGCACGGUA